AUGCGGCACUCGGCGGAUUUCCAGACGCAGGAGUUAUACGAGUUCACUGAGGCUCAUCUGGAGAAGCUCGGAGUGUCCAUUGUUGAGGUGGAGCGCUUUGCAAUAUGGCAAGCUGAUGCCUUGGAAGCCAUGGGUCGAAGCCGACCCGUCCCAGGGCCAGAAGUGGAUCCGGCAUCCGAGAAGGCACAACACCUCCGUGGCUUGUUGGAUUCCUUCCGCUUCGGUCAAACGCAGACUCUGACUAUGGAUUUUGCCUCACGUGACGAUCUGGAAGCACCACUGGUGGCAGAUGAGCUGCAAAAUCUUCAGAAAGACCACGGCUCCUUAAUUCUGAUGGGGGAAGGCUAUGGCAAGUUUGACUCUGCUGGCAAGAGCAUUCUCCUGGACAAGCUGAAGGAUGUGGCAGAGAGGUGGCAGGUGUACUUGGCACGGCUCCGGCUAAUGGGAGAGCCUGAACCACCUUUCAUGGACAGCAGCCGCAAACUCCUCCAGCGAUGGGGUAUUGGAGCAUCAGACGCGCAGGCGUUACUAGGAGCAACGCUCACUGAGUGGCACCAAAAACGCCUUGAUUUUUAG